UUAUGGCGGAGCACGUUGACGCCGAUAGUGGAGUGAUCGAAUGCCUGGAUGACCUGCUACAAAGGCACAAGAAAGAGAAAAAGGCCUUACAGGCCCAGAUACAGAAGUUAAAACAUGGGGUGUCCAAAGGUGAUAAGAAGAAGAAAAAAGAGGUGACGGAGCAGAUAGCUAAAUUAGAGAUUGAACUGGAUCAGAAACAAAAGCAGGAAGUGACAGAGUUCAAGGUCUCGUCAGAAUGCAAGGAAGAGGAUGGCGUCUCAGGGGUAGCAGACCAGCUACAAUCUCUACAGACAGGGACUGAAGAUGUCACAGGUGAAGAAAAUCCUGCAGAACCUAUUCCUAAAAAAACCAGCAAGGCUAAGAAGAGAAGAGAAAAGAGGGCUGAGAAGGACAGGAACAGAGAAGAGAGAAUCCGUGAACAGGAAGUGAUAAAUCUACAGGGAGACAGACAUCUUGAGGCACAGGCUCUCAAACAGAAGUUAUCUGCCCUUGGAUUAGCUGCACAUCAGAUUCACUCAGAUGGAAACUGUUUAUACAAUGCCUUGGGUCAUCAAUUGGAGUUAAGAGGAAUUCAGGAGGAUAAUGCAAGUUUGAGACAGAAAACUGCUGAAUACAUGAAGACUCACCCUGAUGAUUACUUACCUUUCCUGUCUAAUGAGAACACAGGGGACAUGUUUACAUCAGAUGAAUUUGAUGAAUAUUGUAAAAAUGUUGCAACCACAUCAGCAUGGGGAGGUCAACUGGAGUUGCGGGCGUUGUCGGAUGUCCUGAGGGUACCAAUAAAGGUCCUGCAGGCGACGGGUCCAGACCUGAUACUAGGCGAGCAGCACAAAACAGAACCACUUGUUUUACUAUAUUAUCGUCAUGCAUUUGGUUUGGGUGAGCAUUACAACUCAGUUCGCCCAAGACAACCUGAAGACGAAGAAGAGGAGGUCAGCUGAAAAAUAGAAAGAGAUCAGCUGAAAUACAGGAUGAGGCCAGCUGAAAACAGAAUGUGAUCUGCUAAAAAAGAGAAUGAGAUCAACUGAAAAACAGGAUGAGGUCAGCUGAAAAAUAGGAUGAGGUCAGCUGAUAAAACAGGGCGAGGUCAGCUGAAAACAGGAGAAUAUCAACUGAAAAACAGAAACAGAUUUAGGUGAAAAACAGAAUCUCAGCUGACAAACAGGUUGAGGUCUGCUGAAAUACAAGAUGAGGGCAGGUGAAGCACAGGGCAUUGUCGGCUGCAAUGACGAGGCCUGAAAGCUGAUGAAUGAAAUUAAAAGUCUGUUGCUGAAGAAGAUGAGUUUAUCUGAUGAAGAAGAUGAGAUAGAUGUAUGCUCAUGUACAUGUAUCUUAUGUAUCCUAUAUCUGUGUAAUAAAUUGAAGGAAAACAUUGUCAGUCGCAGGGUAGCUUGGUGACAUUUCAGUUUGGAGAGACACAAGACAUUUGUGACUCUGGGUCGUGCUUGUCAUGGAACAGGUGGAAUAUAUUGCAGGUGUCUAUCUUAGGAUUGUGCCGUGGUAUCAGAUGACGAUGACCUUAACCAGUGUGUGUGUGCAGGACCUACCCUUGGGGCACAGAUGGCUUUAGCCGGCUGAUAAUCAUUGGUGGCAGGCCAAU